AUGGACGAGCAAAACGAUUCCAAGUCAUCAUGGCUAUCAAAAGUCUUCCAACGUCCAGCCAAUACCUCACCAAUACUCACUCCUCCAAACGAGCAUUCUUCACUCCUGCACCAAUCUCCCAAUGAAAGAGAAACAUACGAGUUCGAAGAAGACGACACAACUCCCGCCCAAAGAUGGCUCUCCGAAUUCCUCCUCUUAUCACGAGGUUCCAUUCCCGUUAUCCUCGCAUAUGCAUUACAGAAUUCCCUCCAAACGAUCUCAGUCUUGAUAGUCGGACGACUGAGCCCUGAAGCUCUGGCGACUGCGGCUUUCAGUUACAUGUUUGCUAUGUCUACGGCAUGGCUUAUUGCGCUUGGUGGAACUACCGCUUUAGAUACAUUGGCAUCAUCAUCAUUUACUGGAAGCAAGAAUCCACACGAUUUGGGAAUAUUGUUACAACGGGGUUUCUUGAUUCUAACGGCUUUCUAUAUACCAGUUGCUAUAUUAUGGGCAUGUUCUGCACCGGUGUUUAGGUUAUUGGGGCAAGAAGAAUAUAUGUGUGUGGAUAGUGCUAGAUUUUUGACGGCUUUGAUACCGGGCGGACUGGGAUAUAUUUAUUUCGAAGCUAUGAAGAAAUAUUUACAAGCACAAGAAAUCAUGCGUCCAGGCACCUACGUGCUUCUAAUAACCUCGCCCAUCUCUGCCGGUCUUAACUAUUUCUUCAUCCACACCUUCGACUUCGGUCUCAUUGGCGCACCCCUCGCAACAGGUCUCUCUUAUUGGCUUUCCUUCCUCCUCCUAGUCCUCUACUCUCGCUUUAUAUCCGGGUAUCAAUGUUGGGGGGGUUUCACCACGCAAUCACUCUACAACCUUGGGACAUUCUCUCGUCUUGCUUUUCUCGGUGUUAUUCAUGUUGGUACCGAAUGGUGGGCCUUUGAAAUUGUUGCCUUGGCUGCCGGUAGGUUAGGUACGAUACCAUUAGCUGCCCAAAGUGUUAUUAUGACGACAGAUCAAGUGAUGAAUACGAUACCCUUUGGUAUUGGUGUAGCAACCAGUGCACGAGUUGGGAAUUUGUUAGGAGCGAGAAAUGCAAAGGGAGCGGCUAGAGCGGCCAAUGUGGCGGCUUGGUUGAGUAUGGUGAUGGGCUUGUUGGUUUUGAUUAUUCUUAUGAGCGUAAAGGAUUUCUAUGCGCGGAUUUUCAAUGAUGAUUUGAGGGUUAUCAAAUUAACGGCGGAAGUCAUGCCGUAUGUGGCAUUAUUUCAGAUAGCGGAUGGAUUGAAUGGGAGUUGUGGGGGGAGUCUAAGGGGUAUGGGUAGACAACAUGUAGGAGCUGCAGUUAAUAUCGUUAGCUAUUAUUGUGGUGCGUUGCCAUUGGGGAUAUGGUUAGCGUUUCAUGGAUGGGGCUUGGGGGGGUUGUGGGUGGGUCAGUGUAUUGCGCUUUAUAUUGUGGGUGCGUUGGAGUGGGUUAUUGUUGCUUGGAGUGAUUGGGAGGGAGAGGUGAAAAAAGCGUUUGGGAGGAUGGAGGUGGGAGAGAGGGUUGAGGUGGGAGGGAUAGAUGCAAGAGAGGAGGUCAAUGGGAGUUUGUCAUUGUGA